CUGAUUUCCCUCCAUUUCCUCACCUUCUCGACUCCGCCGGCGACUCUGGCGCGCUUAGCUCUUCGCUUCCGCACGACGCCGGCGCAAUUUAACAGCCACUUUCCGUUCAACCGGCGCUUUCGUGCGUUAUUCACGAUGGCUUCUUCCUUGGCACCCCCUCCGGGCCAAUCCGCUGCCGUGCAACCGGGUCGGAUCCGGGUCCUCAAAGAAGGAUCGGCGAAGCAAAUGGGUCCUGUUGUGUACUGGAUGUUCAGGGAUCAACGCCAUAGGGACAACUGGGCUUUGAUACACGCUGUUGAUCAGGCGAACAAGCGGAAUGUCCCCGUGGCGGUUGCUUUUAAUCUGUUUGAUCAGUUUUUGGGGGCAAAGGCUAGACAAUUAGGGUUUAUGCUGAAGGGUUUGCGGCAGGUUCAAGUGGAUAUUGAAGAGAAGCUUCAAAUCCCGUUCUUUUUGUUCCGGGGAGAAGCUGAAGAAAAUGUACCAAAGUUCUUAGAGGAGUGUGGUGCAUCACUUUUAGUGACUGAUUUCUCACCUUUAAGGGAAAUUCGCAAGUGUAAAGAAGAGAUCCUGAAGAGAGUGAGCGAUUCGGUGACAAUUCACGAAGUUGAUGCGCACAAUGUGGUGCCACUAUGGGUAGCGUCGGAGAAGUUGGAGUACAGUGCUAGGACCAUACGGACCAAGAUAACGAAAAGGUUACCAGAGUAUCUCAUUGAUUUCCCUGUGUUACUUCCACCAAAAGCUAAGUGGGUUGCUGCCAAAGAUCAAACUGCUGUGGAUUGGGAUAAUAUCAUCCUUGAGGUUUUGAGGAAAGGAGCCGAAGUCCCAGAAAUUGAAUGGUGCAUACCAGGAGAAGAUGCUGCAAUGGAAGUAUUGAUGGGGUCUAAAGAUGGUUUCUUGACCAAAAGGUUAAAGUUGUAUUCUAGUGAUCGGAAUAACCCGUUAAAACCUGAAGGACUCUCUGGGUUAUCUCCAUAUCUUCAUUUUGGACAAAUAUCUGCUCAGAGGUGCGCCCUAGAGUCACAUAAAGUGAAGCUGCGGAGCCCCCAGUCAGUCGAUGCAUUUUUGGAGGAGCUUAUCGUGCGCAGAGAACUUGCUGAUAACUAUUGCUACUACCAGCCGCACUAUGAUUCACUGGCAGGGGCAUGGGAAUGGGCAAGGAAGACCUUGCAGGAUCAUGCUACUGACAAGAGGGAGCAUGUCUACUCGUGUGUACCGUUUCUCUCAGUCUUGUGUUUUAUGUUGUCUCAGUUGGCAGAUUUCUUAAUACUCGCUAUUGACACUGAAUUAAAUAUUAAUAGGUUGGAACAGCUAGAGAAGGCAAAAACAAGUGAUCCUCUUUGGAAUGCUUCUCAACUGGAGAUGGUCGUCUAUGGAAAGAUGCAUGGAUUCAUGAGGCAAGCGACCUCUUCCUUUUUUAUCAUUCUUUAACACUUACUUGUUGCAUUGAUCUUUUAGCAACAAUUGGAGGCAGGGCUGUACCAUCCUGACCAGAAUUGUGUCACUAGCUGCUGUCUUUUUAUUUUUCUCAUGAUGCUAGGAGGCCAGAACUGAAAUUUAUUUCCAUUCAUCAUUUAAAGCGAUUAGAUACAAUUGAUGCAGAAUGUAUUGGGCCAAAAAGAUACUGGAAUGGACAAAAGGACCAGAAGAAGCCCUGGCAGUUGCAAUACAUUUAAAUAACAAGUAUGAGAUAGAUGGAAGGGAUCCGAAUGGAUACGUUGGUUGCAUGUGGUCAAUAUGCGGUGUUCAUGAUCAGGUAUGGGUUCUAUCAUUUCGCUCUCAUAUAGUUCCUUACUGCACAAGGCAUAGCUCAUGCCUCAAGUAUACAGAUAGAGAAUGCAUUUGCAACUGCAUCCUGUGUUUCUUACAUACUCUACACAAAUGUAGCAUAUUACAAUCUGAAGUUUGUCUCUGUUGUUGCCAUAUAUAGGGUUGGCGGGAGAGACCUGUUUUCGGAAAAAUACGGUACAUGAACUAUGCUGGUUGCAAAAGGAAAUUUGACGUUGAUGGUUACGUUUCUUACGUGAAGAGGCUGGUUGGUGAAGUGAAGAAGAGGAAAGCAGAGUCUGAACUUUCCAGAAAUGCUAAGGAACUGUGUCGUUAGCCUUUGGCUUCUUCCUUAGUCGGCACCUGCCAGACUCUCCUGGUUUCUGCUUUGUUGUAGUCUAACAUCCCCCUGUAAUUGUGUGGUUACACACCUGAAUUCAUGUUAAUCAACAUGUUCUCUACUCGCAUUGUUUAAUUGGUGUCUGAUUAUGCAUACAGCUUGCGCGGAUUAGCGAUGAAAGACUGUUUGCAAUGGCUGUUCAUUUCUA